AGGCGCGCUGUGUCUUGUGGGUGGAAGCGCGCUGACUGGGUUGCGGCGUUUCGCGCAAUGCUGCGGCCAGGGGACCUGCAGCUGACGGCCAGACACUUGAAUUAGCUUUAGCAGAAGAGAAAUGGAGGAGCCAUAGAACAUUAAGGAUGAAUUCAGGAAGACCCGAGACCAUGGAGAACUUGCCUGCUCUCUAUACUAUUUUCCAAGGAGAGGUUGCUAUGGUGACAGACUAUGGCGCUUUUAUCAAAAUCCCAGGCUGUCGGAAGCAAGGUCUGGUCCAUCGAACUCACAUGUCAUCCUGUCGUGUGGAUAAGCCCUCUGAGAUUGUGGAUGUUGGAGACAAAGUGUGGGUGAAGCUUAUUGGCCGAGAGAUGAAAAAUGACAGGAUAAAAGUAUCCCUUUCCAUGAAAGUUGUCAACCAAGGGACUGGGAAAGACCUCGACCCCAACAACGUUAUCAUUGAGCAAGAAGAGAGGCGGAGGCGGUCCUUCCAGGAUUACACUGGGCAGAAGAUCACCCUCGAGGCUGUCCUGAACACCACCUGCAAGAAGUGUGGCUGUAAAGGCCACUUUGCAAAGGAUUGUUUCAUGCAACCAGGUGGGACCAAAUACUCUCUGAUACCUGAUGAGGAAGAGGAGAAAGAAGAGGCAAAGUCAGCAGAGUUUGAGAAGCCUGACCCCACGAGGAAUUCUAGAAAAAGAAAGAAAGAAAAGAAGAAAAAGAAACAUAGAGACAAGAAGUCAUCUGACUCUGACAGCUCAGACUCUGAGAGUGAUACAGGCAAGAGGGCAAGGCACACAUCAAAAGACAGCAAGGCAGCAAAGAAGAAGAAGAAGAAGAAGAAGCACAAGAAGAAGCACAAGGAGUGAGAGUGGAGAGAGUCGAGGGGGUGGCUGAGAGAAGAAGGAACCAGGAGCCUUGUGCCCGAGGCCCCGGCUCCUGGAAAGACUCGUUAGUGAGAGUAUGGCCUCCCACCCGACUGACUUCUCUCCCGUGGAAGAUGGCUUCCCCUCAUGCAGCCAGGCAGGUUUGGGAGUUAGAUGUCAAAAGCAUCUGCCUGAAUGAGUUGUCGUUUCCUUAUCAUUCCUGGUCCCUUUGCAAAUGACCCCUGCAGCUCACCGAUUCAUUUACCCCACUUCCUUCAUUCAGCAGCAGGUCCUAUUACCCUCUCCAGCUGCCACUGCCAGAGCCAGAUUCCUGUACAGGAGUCCAGGCUAGAGCCACAGGUACUGCUGUGGAGGUGAGUCUGGCUGUAGUUGGAGAACAGAGUUAUUGGCCCCUCCCUGUUGGUCUGCCCUGGGCUGACUGGUGGGUGAUCUUGCUGCAUCCAACACGGGGGCAGAGGGAGACUGACAGUAUGAGGGAGAACAUGGUAGGAGUGGUGCUCACUUUUUCCAUACCCCCUAACAUGAUUCUACUAUGCCAGAGGUGACAGCCAGUGAUCACAGCCAGAAAACUAUUGUUUGCAGUGACUGAGCUUGUGUGUGUGACAUUCUGCCAGACCACUGAACCAGACAGCUCAAGCCAAGAUCAUUGCUCUACUUUGUAUUUACUGCUGUGUGAGUCAAUUGGUUCCACUUCAGGUCUCUGCUUAAAUUCCUGGCACUAAAUGGAAGUGUGUUUGGAUUUAAACUUA